AAGGCCGGGUACAUGGGUGGGGAUUUAACUUUCCUUGUAAAACGUGUGGACAUUGUUAACUGCGAACUACAUCUAAUUCAAAUUUACGAGAAUGGAUUCGUCUUUGGGCUUCAGAAUUAGUGACGAAAAAUGCUUGGCAACAGUCAGAGGACAUGAGCUGCGGGCUGGGCUGAAGGAGCCCAGGCUACUGUCCCUGAUUGAGCGCUCUGGAGAGUUUAUCUUGGGCGUGUUGGCUAACCCUGAAGCUGUAGUGUCCAGCCCUGUGCCUCAGUUGUCCAUACCCAUUAACAGUCAGUUCCACAUAGUAAGAGAGGCGGAGGAAGCUCUACUCAUUGACAUACCAGUUGAUACUUGUAUGCGGAUACGAGUGCGAGGAGAGCGAGCCCCGGAGCUGCUGCUGGAGCUGCCGGACGAUGAGCGCAGCCAGGCGUUCCUGUCCCAUGUGACGAGGGCCAGGCAGCACGUUGAGUCCAAAACCUUGUUAUCCAGAGCAAUGGAGCCUGUUGUGCCAGCCCCCAGUAAGCCCUCUGCCCCCAUCCCUCCUCAAAGAGGGCUCCACAAGGCUGCCAAUUCCGUGGUUUCUGGAGCCCACCCCCCCAAACCUCCCGGCACACUGCCUCCGAACCUGAACAACAGCACGACAGCCAACCAUGCAAGCACAGCAGACAGACGAGACCCAGCUCUCUCCUUGGCCACAGACUUUGGCUUUGAGAACAACUUUAAGAACUCCCUCAAGGUGGAGGAGAAGAAGAACCAGCAGAAUCGCAUCGUCGCUCCCAGGGAGCCUCCCCCCGUCCCCCCUCUCCCUCCACGCAAGGCCUCCAUCAACCCCCCCAACCCUCCACCGCCCGUCCCGAGAGACAGGGCUCCGACCGUGCCAGGCAAAGACGGCUCCCUCAUCACACCCACCAAACAAGAAGUCAGGCCGGUUGAGCGCAGCGAGAGGUCUCUGUCGUGGAGCGACAGCCCCACCACCAACACCAUGAGGCAGGCCAUGCUGUCCAGCCAGGCGGGUCAGAGGGAGUACCUCAUCAAGCACCGCCUGGGGAAGAAGGAGAAGGAGUACGUCGACAUCCAGGAGUUCAGGUUCUUCACUGGAACGUGGAACGUGAACGGCCAGUCCCCAGACUGCAGUCUGGAGCACUGGCUGUGUUGUGACCCAGACCCGCCUGAUGUCUACGCUCUGGGCUUUCAGGAGCUGGACCUGAGCACAGAGGCAUUCUUCUAUCUGGACUCGUCCAAGGAGCAGCUUUGGGUGGAGGCAGUGCAGGGAAGCCUGCACCCCAAAGCCAACUACAAGAAGGUCUCCACCAUCAGACUAGUGGGGAUGAUGCUGGUAGUGUUUGUCAACAAGUUGCACAAGAAUCACAUCAAGGAUGUGGCGAUGGAGCAUGUGGGAACCGGAAUCAUGGGGAAAAUGGGAAAUAAAGGAGGUGUGGCGGUGCGGUUUGUGUUCCACAACACCAGCUUCUGUUUCGUCAACUCCCACCUUGCGGCUCACGUGGAGGACUUUGAGCGGAGGAACCAGGACUACAAAGACAUCUGCGCCCGGAUGAGCUUCCACCUCCUGGACUACCCUCCCAUCAGCAUCGUCAAACACGAUGUGGUGAUCUGGUUGGGGGAUCUGAACUACCGUCUGUUUGUGUACGACGCUGCUGAGGUGAAACAGCUCAUCGCUCAGAAAGAGCUGAAGAAGCUGCAGGAGUACGACCAGCUGAAUAUCCAGAGGCAGACCAGAAGGGCCUUCACAGACUUCAUGGAGGGGGAGAUCAACUUCAUCCCCACCUAUAAGUAUGAUGCCAAAACCGACCGGUGGGACUCCAGUGGGAAGUGCCGUGUCCCGGCCUGGUGUGACAGGAUCCUGUGGAGGGGCAGCAACGUGAAGCAGAUGCAUUACCGCAGUCACAUGGAGCUGCAGACCAGCGACCACAAGCCUGUCAGCUCCCUGUUCAAUAUAGGGGUGAAGGUGGUCAACGAGCAGCGUCACAAGAAAGUCUUUGAGGAGAUUGUGCGCAUGAUGGACAGGAUGGAGAACGACUUCCUGCCGUCUCUGUCGCUGACCCACAGAGAGUUCACCUUUGAGAACGUCAAGUUCCGGCAGCUGCAGAGAGAGCGCUUUGUGAUCACCAACGACGGCCAGGUCCCCUGUCACUUCCUCUUCAUCCCCAAGCUCAACGACACCCAGUACUGCAAGCCCUGGCUCCGGGCUGAGCCCAGCGAAGGCUUCCUGGAGCCCAACGAGACCCUGGAGAUCUACCUGGAGGUGUACGUCAGCAAGGACUCGGUCACGCUGCUCAACUCUGGAGAGGACUCCAUCGAGGACAUCCUGGUGCUCCACCUGGACCGGGGCAAGGACUACUUCAUCACCAUCUCCGGCAACUACCUGCCCAGCUGCUUCGGCACCUCGCUGGAGACCCUGUGUCGCAUGAAGAAGCCCAUCAGAGAGAUCCCCAUAACCAAGCUCAUCGACCUGGGAGACGACAGCUUCAUGGAGAAGGAGAGGUCCAAGGUGAGCUUCCUCAUGGUGGACAGUGCUGGGCCUGAGGACAAGCCCCUGAAGAUCCCCAAGGAGGUGUGGCUACUGGUCAACCACCUCUUCACCAAGUCCUGCCAACAGGAGGACCUGUUUCAGACCCCAGGCCUGCAGGAGGAGCUGCAGAGCAUCAUCGACUGCCUGGACACCAGCAUACCAGACUCCAUUCCUGGUUGUAACCACUCGGUGGCCGAGGCCCUGCUCAUCUUCCUGGAGGCCCUGCCUGAGCCUGUGUUGUGUUACGAGCUCUACCAGCGCUGCCUGGAGUGCUCUCACGAUAGCCGACUUUGCAAACAGCUCAUCUCCCAGCUGCCCCGAGCGCACCGCAACGUGUUCCGCUACCUGAUGGCUUUCCUCCGGGAGCUGCUCAAGUAUUCACUCAACAACAACCUCACUGCCAGCCUCAUAGCGACUCUUUUCGCCAGCCUCCUCAUCCGACCCCCGCCCAAACUGGUGGCCCGGCAGACGCCCCAGGACCGCCAGAGAGCCAUCGACUUCAUCCUGGGCUUCCUCAUGGCGGGAGACGAGGAGUGAGGGAGGACGGGUUGGGGGGGUUGGGGGGGGGGGGGGGGGGGUCAGGGGUCAGGAAGGGGUGAGACCUAGCCCCCUAGCUUGUGGCUCAGGUGACAUGAAUGGGACUUCUAAGAAAUGAAGCGUGUGUGUGACUGUCAUUUGACACUCUCGGUGACAGUGGCGGGAGGACAGUACUUUGGAGCCUCUUUCUCUCACAGACCGUUGCGGCAUCCAAGACCUCAAACUCAGUCAAACCUGGCAGCGUUCACGAGCCCCUCUCCUCCCUUUACCCGCUACUGCUCACCGAGCUCCUGCUGGACCCACACUCCACCAGAUCCAUCCCUAUACACCCUGUGCGGCCCCAAAGGACCAGUACCUCUUAAAUGUGGAGUCACUUGCCCCAUCCCCCUCCUCCCUGUAACCUAUAUACCCUCAGUGGGGUGUUUCAUGCCAAAACUCAAACAAAACUGUCCCAGAGUUGUAUGAAUGUGAGAAGGGGUAGGCUAUUGAUGCAUCCUUCGAAGCUAAGCGAAUGAUAAUUCACGACACUAAAGAGACGAGACUCCCAGAAGGCCGUUCAGAAUUAUUAUCAUGGAACUGUCUAAUGGAUCUCCUUUAAAUGUUUGACCCUGGGGUACGCUUCUGCACGCAAUGAUGUUGGUAGGAAGAGAAUCAAGAUUACAUUUGAUCGGGUGGUCUAAAGAUAUCCAGCCAGGGUUGAUGGACUUUCCUC